CUAUUGGCUGCUCCUGUAUUACCGACAGCUUUACGGUAGGGCCACGGCCAGAGAGGAUGUGCGUGAGCGGUGGUCUUUUUCAUCUCCUUGAAGCGCAGAAUCUGCCGGGUUUCAACAUGAUUUUAAGGGGACUCUAGCGGGAUUUCUUUCCUACUGUUUCUUCAGCACACAACUGUGAACCCCGCGCUGCUUAACCUGAAAAGAGAUGCGCGCAGAUAAACGCGGAUACAUUGUCCGGACACCGCGAGAGGAGGAGAGGAGCAUGUAACCGGGAGAAACGCACCGGCGGCACCACCUGACACUUCCCCCUCUCGCUACUUGUUUUCCCAUAAUUGUAGGCUUUUUGCUGUGUUGACUGAACUCUUCUACUUGGAUUUGGAUUUUACAUUCAGCAAAAUGAGCGAAGAAGUGUCAGAGGUCCCCAAAGAGCUCCUGGAGAGUGUGAGAGAUGCAGUGGGGAGGAAGGUGAAGCUGUCACUGAGGAAGAGAGUCAAACUGGAGAUCAAAGGAGACAAGACGGAGAACAGAGUCUUGGCCCUGGCAUCUCACCGAGCCUACCUCUUGACAGCACGCAUUCCCACCAAGGUGGAACAUUCCUUUAAUUAUCUGGAGAUCCAGGGGAUUGCUUGUAACAAGCCUACACAGCUGUUCAUAGAGUACGAGCGUGGCUCCUUCUCUCUGAAGCUGCUCUCUACAGAGGAAGUCAACGAGGUGGUCGCUCACAUAGGAAACUGUCUGCUUAGGAUAUGUCCCGGUUUACCACCUAGUAAAGUGAUGAAGAAGCUCUGCAUGGAGCCUCCAGACAGACUGACCUCUCUGCAGACUCUGUGGGAGAACAACAAACCUGCUGAACCUGGACCCUGUGGUGGGUUUUCUCAGAUGUACAGAUGUGUUUGUGACUGGUUGGGGCUGCCGCACCGGGAAGAGGUGCAAUGGGAUGUGGACACUAUCUAUUUGACACAAGACACCAGAGAACUCAACCUGCAGGACUUCAGCCAUCUGGAGAACAGGGAUCUGGUGGCUAUAAUAGCAGUCCUGGAGUUUAACCAGUGGUUCACCAAGCUCUCCACUAAGGACUACAAACUGUCUGCAGAUGUUUGCGAGCAGAUCCUUCGUGUUGUGUCCCGCUCCAGUCGACUGGAGGAGUUGGUUCUGGACAACGCAGGACUCAAAACGGAUUUUGCCCAAAAGCUAGCUGCUGCCCUGGCCCACAACCCCAGCUCCGGACUCACCACCAUUAAUCUUGCCAACAACCCACUGGAGGACAGAGGUAUCUCCUCCCUGGGUGCUCAGUUUGCCAAACUUCGUAUGGGUCUCAAGCAUUUAAACUUCUCCAAAACCUCACUAUCACCCAAAGGGGUGAACAGCCUUUGCCAGUCACUGAGUGCCAACCCGUCCAUCCCCAGCAGCCUGGUCCAUCUGGACCUCUCAGGGAAUGUCCUCCGAGGAGACGACAUGCAGCAUUUCUACCACUUCCUGGGUCAACCCAACAGCCUGGGAACCCUUGACCUCUCCAACACUGACUGCUCAUUGGACCUGGUUUGCUCGGCGCUGCUGCGAGGCUCGGUCCAACACCUCUCUGUUCUUAACUUAUCAAAGAGUGUCUUCCCUCACAGGAAAGGCAAAGAGGUGCCUCCAUCAUUUAAGCACUUCUUCAGCAGUGCCAUGUCUCUCAGCUCCAUCAACGUGUCAGGAACCAAACUGCCACCAGAGGCCCUCAAGGCUCUCCUGCUUGGCCUGGCCAGUAACCUCAGUCUGAAGGACGUGUCUCUAGACCUCAGCUGCUGUGAGUUGAGGUCAGGAGGUUCUCAGAUCCUUGAAGGUUGUAUUGCCGAGAUCCCAAACAUCUCCAGCCUAGACAUCUCUGACAACGGCCUGGACUCAGACUUGUCCACUCUGCUGGUUUGGUUGGCCAAGAACCGAUCCAUCAGGCACCUCUCUCUGGGCAAGAACUUCAAUAACAUCAAGUCUAAAAACCUCGCUCCAGUGUUGGACAGCCUGGUCCAUAUGAUUCAGGAAGAGGAGUCGCCCCUCACCUCUCUGUCUCUAGCAGAUUCCAGACUAAAGAGUGAUCUGACCAUUGUUUUGAACGCACUCGGCAGCAACUCCUCGCUCACCAGGUUAGACAUCAGCGGGAACGCCAUGGGGGACAUGGGAGCCAAGAUGCUGGCCAAGGCGCUACAGAUAAACUCCAAACUCAGGACUGUGAUCUGGGAUAAGAACAACACCAGCCCUCAGGGUCUUCAGGAUGUAGCAGCCGCUCUGGAGAAGAACUUCACCAUUCGUUUCAUGCCCAUCCCUAUCAUUGAUGCCUCCCAGGCUCUGAAGGCCAGCCCUGAGAAAACAGAGGACGCCUUGCUAAAGAUUGAGAAUUAUCUGUACAGGAACCAUGAAACCAGAAAAUACCUACAGGAACAGGCCUAUCGGCUACAGCAGGGCAUCGUAACCACAACCACACAACAGAUGAUUGAAAGGAUUUGUGUGAAGGUGCAGGACCACCUGAACUCUCUGAGGAACUCGGAGACAGACGCCAUCUUGGAGGACGUCAGGUCAGCUGAGAACCUCAUCAAAGAUGCCAGGAACUCUAAAACGCUGCUCCCUAACCUCUACCACCUAGGAUCAGCUGCCAGAGAGGAGGUGAACAGCUCGUCAGUGGGACCCAUCCAGGAGAAACUGGAGUCUAUGGCUGGGGAGGUGACUACUGUCAUGGACCAGCAACUGCAGACUCUGUUGGAGUCUAUGGUGGAUGCAGCGGAGUCUCUGUGUCCCCAUGUGAUGAAGAGAUGUAAUCUUCGUCCAGAGCUAAUAAAAGCCAGCUCAGCCAAGAUGGUGGUACCAAAAAGCUUUGUCACCAAAACCCUCCUGGAGCAGUCUGGGGUGGAUAUUAUCAACAAGAUCAGUGAGGUGAAGCUGAGUCUAGCGUCCUUCCUGUCCGAUCGCAUUGUCGAUGAGAUUCUGGAGGCUCUUUCCACUUCCCAGCUCACUCUAGCAGACCAUCUGGUGCGGCGGGGUCGCCCCUUAGUGCAGCAGGAGUCGGUGGAUCUUGACGUCCCAGAGGAGAAGAUUCCUAAACGGGCAUCUGCAGAGAUACUGGAGGCUGAGAGGCUGGACGAUCUAGAGACCUGCAUGAUGACUCCUAAAUCCAAGAGGAAGAGCAUCCACAGCAGAAUGCUUCGGCCAGUAUCCCGUGCCUUUGAGAUGGAGUUUGACCUGGACAAGGCCCUGGAGGACGUCCCUAUCCAUGUGGAGGACACUUCAACUUCAUCUCGAACUCCUCCCACUCCAUCUCAGGUGCUGCCAAAAGUGGAGCAACGUCCAUCAGGGGUGAUGGUAGAGUUACCGUCUGAGGAGGAAAAAAAGCUGCAGCACUUCACCAAACAACGACCCCGCCGGAACAAGAAAACACAUUCCAGCAAAGUACCUCAAAUCAAUAGUGCACCAUCUCAGGAUGGUGAGCAGAAUGGCCUCAUGGGAAGGGUGGAUGAGGGUGUGGAUGAGUUCUUCUCUACGAAAGUCACCAAGAUGGAUUCCAAACGUUCCCUGAAGAGUUCAGAAUCUCAGGAUGGAGAGAAGAAGAAGAGUAAAGGAGGAUUCCUCAACCUCAUCAAACGUUCCUCCAAGUUAGAUAAAUCUGAUAAAUUGGACAAAUCAGAUAAGUCUGAGAAAAACCAGGGGAACUCUCCUGCGUCAGGUACAUCCUCGACGCCAGCUUCCAUCCCUGAGGAGCCCUCCUCGCCAAAGGUUGCAGUAAAGAGCCCAGCACCUGAACCAAAGUCCAGAGAUGCCUCCAGCCGCUCACAGCCCGCAGAUUACAGCAGCAGCUCAGACCGCUCAGAGGAGCUGAGAACGCCGGACUCGAUAGACGAGCCCUGGGAGGGUUCGGACGGCAGGGGCAGUCCUCAGGGAGGCAGGCGGUACCCAGGGUUGCAGAUAAUGGGCAGCGGCCUCCUGGCAGAGAUGAAGGCCAAGCAGGAGAGGAGAGCACACAAGUCUUCCAGCCCCGACAGGCCUGACAGCAAUGCAACAGCAGUCAAGUCCCAGCCCACCAUUUCAGAAAGCAGGUCUCCCACUGGCUCAGUGAAUAAACCAGACCCUCCGACUGGUUCUCCAGAAAAGACCCCUCGCACCGAGACCAAGCCUGAACCGGUCCCUCGUCUUAGGGCUACGUCCUCCUCGAGUUCCCUUUUGGGACCUGUAAGCAAACCACCUGUGCCACAGGGAGUGAAGCCUGCCCUGGCUGCCCGACCCACCAUCCCUCAGAAGCCAAGGACCCCGAGUAGCAGUAGGAGCAUAGAUGAGAGCUCAGAUUCCCCCAGCAGUGGCGGCUUGUCUCCUAAGGUCACAGCUCUUCCUCCCACACUGAAGAGGAGGCUGUCGGAGAAAGACAAAGAGGGCCAGACCGGUCUGCUGUCAGGAAGCUCUGCCAACAAAACAACUCAGGAUGUGAGGGCGGGCUCUGUGUCAGACUCUGUUCAGCGACCCAGCCCACUCCGUACCAACUCAGAGGAUCAUGGCACCUGUAAGACCAAGGACCAAUCUCCAAACCCAGAUAAGGACAAGGCAGCGGGCAAGAAGUCAUCAGAUUCUGGGGAGGAGCCAGACAAAGACUUUAUUUUCAUAUGAGUGAGAAAAAUUUACAGCAAAAACCUGUCAAUAAGCCUCACAGGUUUUCCUUUAGAAAAGCAACUAAGGGGAUAAUCGAUAUGCUUUCAUUCAUAUUAGAGGUUUUACCUGUUGUAGAAAAGUACAAAUCAUGUUUGAUUUGCAGGAAGACCUGCUGUAGAAUCAGGUAAUACACAGUUUCAAAUUAAAGUAAAUUUGUUUGUCAAUGAUAAAAGUAUUGAUAUUAACACAAAAUUUUGUAAUUCUCUUUUUCAGUCACAUGUCACCUAGUAAACCAAACUGUGCAAAGUCUCCUAAGAACUUCCUUUUCACAAACAGACUUUUUUCCUCUUUUUUUGUCCACAAUCUCUGCGGUCAGGUGAAAAUCUAAUGACAAGAUUAAACUUUUCAGGAUUUGAGGAAAUGGCUCCAAAGGUGAUCCAGUGUAUUCAGCCAAUGAAUAUUGAAACAUGAGUUUAAGUGGAAGUUUGUAAACCACUAAAAAAGAGAGAUACGAUGCUUUCAGGAAACAGCAGACCUUUUUUGGUGCAAAAGACCAAGGAGCUAUUGUUGUAGUAGCUUGUUUCCCAGGGACCAAACAUAUGUAACAAUAAUACCAGGAUCACUGUACUGUAAAACAUAUAACCAGACCAGGACCUGAUAGCAUUUUUUUCCUUUAAUAUAUUUGUAUAGAUUUUUCUAUAUGCUAUUUUCAGCAUGUGCAAGUUACUUUUCUCUGAACGUCAGAAGGGACUGAAUCCAUUAUGCAAUUCAUCAUUUUUUUUUUUUUUUUUCAGGAAAACACAGGUUCAGCUGGGAAUCUUAGCCCACAAUAAAUCAUAAAUACACAUUAGAUGUAGCUCACCUAACGUUAAAAAAUAAUAAUAAAUAAUAAAUUUGUGGGUCAAAGUGGGUCACUCAGAGGAGACUAACUGGACUCUUCACUAAAUGCCUGAAGGAUAGCUAUAGACUAUAUCAAACACCCCAGAUGGACUUAAGUUUGUCUCUGUGUGAGAGAGUUGGAGUGACCAUAUGAAGUGCUGCUUUGAGAGGACUGUGGUACGCUUUAACUUCAUCGAUAACCAAUCAACAAGGCUUCAGCACUGUUAACUAACACUCUGCUCUCUGUGUUUGGUCACAAUGGAGAAAAAAACUUUUAUCUUACGAUACCUUUUGAACUGCGGAAGUCUUUUUUUUUUUUUUACGCUGUUUAUGGGGACAGGAGUAUGUGCGUGUCUUUCAAGUGCAAUACAGAGUGACAUAAACAUUACAAGCUUGUAUUUAUGUAGUGUGAUUUGGUCAAAAAAUGUAAACCAAACAGCUUGAUUUCUAGCUGGUACCCCUUGGAACAAAUGAGACAAUUAAGCAUUAAACUGAACGGAUUGGGGUGCCAGUGUCUGUUACAAUCAUAAACACUGAAUUGUUCUUAAAGACAAACCGAUCCUCACUUCUGGUAACAUACUUACAUUUUACAUUUAUUAAUAUACCCUGGUGUGCUGAUGGUCCAAUGAAAGCAAAGAACUUAAAAAGAGGAAUGUCAUAGAUAAUCUGCUUGAAGGUAACAGAAAUUUAUGUGUAAUUUGCCCUGCUAUUUCAGUAUUUUGGCAAUAACCUCUUCAGUUCUUUGUGUAAAAAGCAUGACACUAAGGGAACUCCAGCCUUCAAACACUCUUUGUCUUCGGUGUCUCUCACAGACUUACCUUCAGGGCUUUCAAAUUCAGUUCACUUUCACUUCGUUCUUUGCAAGACAAGACAUUUCUUCGAAAUUCAACCUAAAAGGAGUUAGCUAUUGUAUUGCCUUUUUUAAAAAGUAAUUGAGAAUGCAGUGCCUGAAGUGCAAGUGAACUGAGGGUAACUGUAUUUUGACCACAUGGACCUCUUGACUAUUCUGUAUGUAGCAUUUUCAGGACCUGAAUGCUACGCAAUGACACAGGUCUCGGGCCGAUUCAUCUUGUCUUUGUUUUUUAAGAGUGAGAAAUGCCCUUUUCACACUGCUACAGAGUCGGCAAACAGAUUCUUAAAAUUAUCUAGUUUUCAAAAUUAAUAUUAUUUGGAUAUGGGGGACAAAUUAUACCUCUACCUAGAGUUUGCACUUUAAGCAUUGGAUUGUUUUCUUUGAUAUAAAACCAUGCAGUUUUACUAUUAUUGCAUAUACUAUAUAGAUUGGGACAGAACUAGCACCUUUGUACUAGAUUAACAUUGGAGUUACCAUAAUUACCGGUUUUUAACUUAUAAAUGCCAUCAACAUCCAAGCCGUAAUUAAGACUGGGAAAUUUAGAUUUUUCCCAGAAAGCUCUGACAUACAGUGCUAUAUUGUCAAUGCACAGUAUUUUUAACCCUGUUCAUCUAACAAAUGAUAGAACCAUCAUGAGUUGUCUUAUGACGUAAGAUGGCUGUCCCAUCAUCCUUUAUGACGUGAGCGUAGCAUUAUACUCCAUAAUCACCUGUAUGUGAGAUCUGACUCCUUAUUUUACAUCAACAUUAACCGGAAUUACUUUUAGUUUUAACUAUCUAGGGUGCUCCAACAUUAUCUUUAAAUGUUAACUAGACCCUGUUCUUUUUUGUGCAGUGUGAAGGGGGCACCACUGUAUUUUACUGUACUGUACAAGAGUCAGGACCAAAGGUCUUACUGGUGCACCUUUUCCUAUGGUGACUAUCGAUGUCUUUUUGUAAGAUCAUAAUAAGAUUUUACUUCUUUGUCACUAAUCAUGGCUUGGAAAUAACACUAUUCAUGUUGUGUAUAUAGUUCAUCUGUCUCUGAUGUCAACAACUGCUUUAAUUUACAGUCCCAAAACUCACACAUCACUUUUUGUUUAAAAGGUGUUACAGGACACUGAAAAAGGAAAAAAAAUACCACUACUUAAAUGCAAUAUGUUUAAAGCAAACACAUGUGGGUGUUGACAUUUUCCUGACGCAAGGAAAUUAAAUGGACACCCUCUUUCACUCUUUCUGUGUGGGAUUUCAGAAGCACCUGUCUGUGUCUCUGUCAGGUUGUGUGAAAUGACUGAUGAUUUCCUCUUCAAUCCUCCUGAAAAAUGAGCAUCCACCACGUUUCAGUGGAGAAAGUGAAAAUAACCCGACUCCUGACUCUGUGUGUGACUGCAUGAUGUGACUGUGAGUUGUAUUGUAUGUAUAUAUGUGCUUUCAUACAUGUAUUGUGGGGGGGGUGUGUGUGUGUGUGUGUGUGUGUGUGUGUGUGUGUGUGCUAUAUGCACAUGUAAUAUACACACUGUGAUAUAUUCACAUGCCUAUGUGAACACAGCAAAUCCUACAGUAUAUUGUUUUGGUACUAAGUACACUACUAUACUAGGGGUUUGUAACUUAUUUGGAAUAAAAACUCAAACAGUG